AUGGGUAACACUCUUCAUCGCAAACACGGUGAGCACUAUCUUGUGCUGAACAAUGAAAUGAUCCAACGAGCAAAAACGACGACACACUUUAAUGAGCAACAAAUUCGCAAUUAUCAUAGUACAUUCUUUUCCGUUACCAAAGAUGGUAAACUCAAAAAAUCGUCGUUAAACAAGUUACUUGAUGAAUAUUUGCCUGGCGAUAAGAAAUCUCGCUCAAAAUAUUUGACCGAUUCAAUAUUCAAUGCUAUUGAUCAAGACGAGAAUGGUUAUAUGGACUUUUUCGAAUAUUUGUAUGCUCUCAAAUAUCUUCAAAGCGAUGUGCCCAUCGAAAAAGCUGAAUUUAUGUACCGUGUUCUCGAUCGAGACGGCGAUAAGUCGGUGACUCGAAAUGAAUUGUAUAAACUAUUGAAAUGUUUAGAAUCGUAUCAUCGAGCAGCGGUUGGCGUUGAUUCGAAAGAGUAUGCAAAUCAAGUAUUGGAGAAGCUUGACGAGGACAAAUCGGGUACAAUAACACCAUCAGAAUUUAUCGACGGUUAUUUAAAAGAUGAGACAAUGAGAGCUUUAUUUACUUUGUAA